AUGGCCAUCUUGAGCGACCUGUCCGAAGAGCUGGUUCAUAGGGUCAUCGAUCACAUUGUACUCCCUCAGAACGACAACAACCAGCUCAAGGGAUGCCAUCUCCACCUCGACCACAUUCAAGACAGGCCAAGAGCUCAUCUGGAGCACAAGAAUAACGAUUUCCGCACGUCCCAUAGAGACAACAACAACGAGACGCUAGCUCAAGUUUCUUGGCCAGAGGGUCUACCAUCCAACAAGUUGUUGCCGCUCUCGUUAAUCAACCGGACCUUUCGACAGUGUGCCCAGGAGAGGCUUUUCCAGAACGUGGCAUUACACAACCAAUGGCAGGGAUGCUUAUUCCUCCAUGAGCUUCAGGAGGGCGACAUUGAGAUCGGCUCAUCGUCUGACACCAAGCAUCCUCGGCUGAGCCCACUAGCUCAACACGUCCACUCGUUACUACUUAAAGAUUGGAGCGACCACAAACCGCCUUCGAUGGGAAGGGGCGGCGGCUCUCUGAUCUGUGAAACCAUCCGGAGUUGUCCCUCGCUCGAAAAUUUUGCUAUGGUUAACUCACUCGACGGCCGCUGCAAAGAUCCGAUUAUGGACGCCCUUGCGAGUCGAAAACACAUCAAAGACUUUGUUGUUCUCAAGGACUUCUAUGGACACCCGUGCAACCAGAAAAUCAUAUGGCUGGCGGACGAAGUAGUCGCUCGAUUAUUCGCCAAGUGGGAGCAUCUGGAAAAAAUCGAACUCCAUAAGCUCUCUGGUCGGCCAAUUGAAAUGAUCGAAACCAUUCACAAAGCUCUCGAGAGUCUGCGGACACUCGAGAUAGUCAACCCAACCCCAAAACUUGAUCGACCGGGCUUAUGUCGAAUCUUGAAAGAGUGCACUGGCCCAGAUUUGGAAUCCUUGACGGUCGCUACACUCCCGAAUUGGCACAUAAUCCGCUCCUCAGUCAACAACGAAAUCUCAGAUGACCCAGCCGAAAACCGCAACCUGUUGGAGAUUCUCUUCAAAUCUUCUUCCGCCCUCAAGAAUCUCAAGUCGUUGUCUAUCCAAGGUCGAUUGACCGGCUCUGAGCUCUUCAUUUUCUUACCCCCGUCUAUUGUCAAACUUUCCUGGGGAAGAUGUCACCUCACAGCCGCUGCAUUCGCCAAAGCACUCUCUAGCUUCAUUCAAUACCCUCCUGAGCUGCCUUCUGAUCUCAAACUCGACCACACCGAUGUCCUCAAUAGACGUGUCCAAUGGUUACCAAAGUUAAAAUGUUGCACCGUCAUCGACGAUUAUGACUGGGAUAAGCAGGAGCGGGACGCGAUUGAUAAGGCAUUAAGAGCUCGACGGGUAUGUUUCCACAGUGGGGGCAAUUAUUACGCUGAAUCCGAGGGCGAUGAAAAUCACCUUAAGAGUAAAGUUCUCGACACGGUAAUCAUCUGA